AUGCUUCUGCGUGGCAUUAUCUCCAAUCCUCUCCCUUCUCUCCACCUCAAGACCUCCCUUCUUCCCCACCAAUUUGCCCCUGUUUCCAUCCCGUCCACCUUCACUGUGAGUAACAAAUACUCCAUCUCCGACGAGGCCCUUGAGUCUCGAGGCUUCCUUCUACGCCGCACAUUCUCCGACCUCAAUCUAGACCACCUCAACUCCGUCUUCGUAGCAGUCGGGUUCCCCAAGCGGGAUCCUGAGAAGAUCAAACUCGCAUUGGAGAACACGAGCUCCCUCCUUUGGGUUGAACACAAGAAGACUCAGAAGCCUGUUGCAUUUGCUAGAGCAACAGGGGAUAAUGUUUUCAACGCCAUUAUUUGGGAUGUGGUGGUUGACCCUUCCUACCAAGGCAUUGGGUUAGGGAAGGCUGUGAUGGAGAGACUAGUAGAGGAGCUAUUAGAGAAGGGGAUUGUCAACAUUGCUUUGUAUUCGGAGCCACGAGUGCUCGGGUUUUAUAGGCCUUUGGGGUUUGUUGCGGAUCCUGAUGGGAUCCGAGGAAUGGUGUAUUCUAGAAAACAGAAAAAGAAGAAAUAAUACAGAAUGAUCUUUUUUUUUUUUUC